AUGACAGGACGUGCGAAGGACAACGAUGGUCAGUGGACAUACUUUUCUUUUGCUUUCAGCCCUAGCACAACGAAUUUUGUUUGGGACGCCCGUUAUCCCCCUAGCAAAAGGGUUUUUGUCGUUGAGUCAGAAGCGCUUGGCAGACAUGAAGAUCAGGGGAACUUGAAAGAGCUCUUCCCGUCAAAUGCCAUCUAUGCACAGAUUUCGGGGCGGGCUUCGUUCCCCAAUCUCUCUAACGUUCAGGGAACAGGAGAUCUCAGCCCUCUCUCGUCGCCCCCAUUGGGGCCUUUCUCGGCCUCACCGGACCAAACAUCAUGGGCUUCAAAGAACAAGAGCGCGGGAAAUCUCUCCGUCCCUUCCACGGAAGAGCAGAACCAGAUGAGGCUGUCCACGGAUGGGUCAUCUUUCUCUGACUAUGAACACUUCCCAAGAUCUCCUCUUCUCGAGCACGAUCCUGGCCUUGGGCCAUCCGGACUAGAUCGCAUACGCCAACAGCCCUUGUCCCGAGUCUUCACACUUCCAAACCCUUCCACGUCAUCUCUUGCUCCCUCUAAUAUGCCGAAUUCCCCUUCACGCUCCAGCGCCUCAUCACGAGCCGCUUCAGUCUACUUCCCUUCGGGAUCACCUUUCCCUGCCUUCGAAGACCUUCACCGGUUUCCGUCCGAGUCGCUACACUCGUUCUCUUUCGCACAGCAAUCAGAAGAGUUACUUCAAACUCGACAAAACAUUCUGAAGAGAUCGAUCGAUUUCAUGAAGGAUCGGUUGGGAUGGGCUGCGAGCAGCCCUGGCAUCGUGAAUGCGCAGGCUCGCAUAAGUGGUGAUACCGAAAUCCAAAGUAUGGUUGACUUGUUGUCUAAGGCAAACGUCUUGGAUAAGGAUAGCCCAGGCCGCCAAGUUGGAGCCUCCCGCGGGCCUCUUACUGGGCCUGCAGAGGUCGAAGCCGACAACAUCUUUGAAAAGUCGUUCCGUGGGUCGACCAUCGCCACCCGCGGGGAUCAACGUUUAAUGCCUGAUAACUCAGGGGAACGUGAGUCAGCUAUAGAUGAUUCUCAUUUCCUCAGCCCAACACCAGACGAUCAGAUAGUUUCUCGAAAAAGAGACAAGUCAGAUCUAUCAUCGAGACGUCCUAGCCUGAAGCGCACAUACACGGAUUUGAGCACUCUAUCCCUGCAGAGCAGGCUGAUAGAGACCUUGGCGCAACCAUACGCAACCGGAGAUCCUUUCUCUCCUCCAGCCAUUUCGGCUCUGGGGUUGGGUGUUGCGGGUCCUAUGGUGCACGCUCAUAGUAGCAAAUGGACCCCAGUCUCUCAGGCGGUCUUCAGGACGGAAUCCGAAGCGCCCUGGACUAUUCUGGCGGCCAACGACCUCGCCUGUCUUGUGUUUGGGGUCACGCAGGCUGAAGUGCGGAAACUGAGCAUACUGGAGGUUGUACAGGAAGAGCGCCGACAGUGGCUUGAAGCCAAGCUGCAGGAUCCCAGUACGGAUGCUACCGCGAAAUUCCCAAAUUCUGGAAAGCCGCGAUUCAGUCCUGUUAAUCCGAAGUCGAUGGGAACGGGUAACGGGGUGACGGCACAGCUAUUGAGCAAACCAUCUUCACGCCGAAAGGCAGUCCGACGAGCCCAGACUGACGAUGGGUUCGGCUCUAGUACACGAAACCCGAGAAAACCAAAUCAUUCUGCGACUAAAUCUCGUGGAGUUCUCCUCUGUGGCGAUGUUGUGCCCAUUCAAAAACGCAACGGUUCCAAGGGCUCUGCCAGUCUGUGGGUCAUGGAGAAACGCGGAGGAUUGAUCUGGGUCCUUGAGGAGAUCACAGAAAACGUGGCAUAUAUAGACUAUGAUGAAACGGGACGCGUCCUCGACGCCAAAGGUGAUACGGAUAGAAUCUGGGGUCACGACCUGGUCAAGCCGGGUAUGUCGAUUACAGAACUUCUCCCUCAGUUGCCGAAGGACUGUGUGGAAGAUCGGACAGAAAACGGCAUAACGAAGAUCACCGAACUCAAAUACUUUGCCGCCCGCACUGCUGGGGGACAUUGCAUCCCCACGACCGUCACCAAGGGUGCUGAUGGAACUCGCUCAUUACGGGUUUCUAGCUUUCCACAUGUUGCUGGAAUGAUGGUGCUUUCAUCGUCCACGCUGAAUAUUAUCAGCUCGAAUUCGGUUUUCUCUGCCGCUCUCUUUGGCCAAGAACGUCCCGAGGGCCACCACAUUUCAGAGCUUAUCCCUGGUUUCGAGGUCUUCUUACGCACCCUAACAGAGGAAGACAAAGUAGCUCUGGUCGAUGGGAUGGUCAUACCUGAGCAUAGCUUCCGUCGGGCUCGGGCUCUUUCGAUUCUUCGCGAAAACAAGGCUAAUGCGGCCUCGAUAUUCUUGGAGCCGACCGGCAUUCCCGCGAAACAUCGUGACGGAUCCCAGAUCUCCGUGGAUGUUCAGAUGCGGAUCAUCAAAAGCGAGAGCGUUUUCCCAGACAGUCAAGCCCGCGACGCUGAGCGACAGAAAGCAUCCGACAAUGGCGAGGACGAUGGCGGCGACGACGACGAUGAUGACGACGAAGAUGAUGGUGACACUGUAGCUGUCACCGAGGUCGUUUACGCCCUAUGGAUCACCUAUUCGAAGCAGAUCCACGCGCCUCAUCAGGGAGCUUUCUCUGUAGACGGCUCGGCAGCAAGGCCCUCUACGCCUAAUGCUCAACCCCGGACUGGACAGAGAACACCACCACCUCUUCCGUCUCUACCAUCCCAUUCGAAUACUCCGUCUUUGGAUAACAGCGCCUCAAUGUCCCUCCUGAGCGAAAAACUCAAUGAAGCCGCGUCAACGCCACUGUCGGAUCAGGUAGACCAAGCAGUUACGGAAGCGAAGCGAUCACCACCCGUUGAGGAAACACCUAAGAAGAGAAGCAUCUCCGACUAUGUCAUUCUGGAAGAGAUGGGCCAAGGCGCCUACGGCCAAGUGAAGCUGGCCCGAUUGAAGAAUGAUCCGUCCAAGAAGGUGGUGCUGAAGUAUGUAACCAAGAAGAAGAUUCUCGUGGAUACGUGGACACGCGAUCGUCGGUUGGGCACUGUCCCCUUGGAGAUCCACGUCCUUGAUUACCUCCGUCGGGACGGGCUCAAGCACCCGAACAUCGUUGAAAUGGAAGGGUUUUUCGAAGAUGAGGUCAACUAUUACAUCGAGAUGGUGCCUCAUGGCCUCCCCGGGAUGGAUUUGUUUGACUACAUCGAGCUGAGGGCGAAUAUGGAUGAAGCCGAGUGCCGAAACAUAUUCAGACAGGUGGUCGAUGCGAUCCACCAUCUUCAUACCAAGGCAUUGGUCGUGCACCGCGAUAUCAAGGAUGAGAAUGUGAUCUUGGACGGACAAGGCCGGAUCAAACUGAUCGACUUUGGCAGCGCGGCCUACAUCAAGAAUGGCCCCUUUGACGUCUUUGUCGGCACGAUUGACUACGCUGCACCCGAAGUUCUUCAGGGCAAAUCCUACCGCGGCAAGGAACAAGAUGUGUGGGCGCUUGGAAUUCUGCUUUACACCAUCGUCUACAAAGAGAACCCGUUCUACAACGUCGAUGAGAUUCUCGACCAUCCGCUGCGUGUGCCCUUCCUUCCCUUUUCCGAAGAUUGCAUCGACCUGAUCCGGAAAAUGCUUGACCGCGAUGUCGACAAUCGACUGACGAUCACAGAAGUUAUGGAACACCCUUGGAUGACGGCAUCCUGA